AUUGCUGCAUUGCUAAUAAAUUUCCGUCAGGCGGCGUUUUUGAGCGUGGUUCCAACCCGUCUGCAGCGGAGUCGCCAAAAAUAUGGCUUUCCGUGACCGUGAACAGGAACGGCAACGGCAAAUUUCACUCGGAAGGCAACUUGUGGAGGCUUCAAGGAAGGGGGAAGGCUCAGUCAUCAGGAAUCUGCUGAAAGUUGGCGCGUCCGUGGAUGCAGAAGAAUUCAACAGAACUCUGUUCUACGCAUCUCAGAACUACCUGACACCCCUGCAAGAAGCCGCAAAGUUUGGACAUGCCGACUGCGUCAGGGUACUCAUACAACAUGCAGCUGAUGUGAACACCUGCGACCGGUUUGACGUGACAGCUGUGCACCUGGCAGGGGAGGGUGGACAUGUCCAGUGUCUGCACGCUCUGCUGGAGGCAGGAGCUGACCCUAACAAGGGAACCAAGUACUCCAAACCUGGGGCCUAUACAGCGUACCCACACCCCGGCGGCACCACGCCCCUGCAUCUGGCAGCCACAAACGACCACGUGGACUGUAUCCGCGAGCUGAUCAUCAACGGCGCCGACUACAAAUCCCAGGACGAGCUGGGCAGGACCAGUCUGUACAUCUCCAGCUACAGGCAGAGCGAGAAGGGAGUCCUCACACACCUGCAGAACGCCAUGGGCAGGGACAUACUGUCUCUACCUGUGUACCAGACAGAGGAGACACCGCUACAUGAGAGUGUGAGACAUGGUAUGUCGGACGCAGUGCGCGCUCUGCUGAGGCACGGUUCUGACGCCAACGCCAUGAACUCCUCUGGUCACUCCCCGUUCCACUGUGCUGUGUUCCACACCGACAAGUUCUCCAUGGCCAUGGUCAAGGACAUGCUGACCCUGGGGUACAACACAGACGUCAACCUGCCCACAACCGCAGGUGCCUACCCUUUGUUCUUUGCCUGUUUCACGGACGGCUUCCGCGGCCAGCGACGCCCUGAGCUGGGAGAGCUGCUGAUCGCGUACGGAGCCAAGCCUGAACUGCUGCACAAAAAGAGCGGUCCCCUCAUCACAUCAGAACUCAAGAGUCGAGACACUGACAUGACAAUACUACAGUCUGUAGCCGACACCCAGCCGAUGAUCUCACGGAAAUACCUGGCACCAGACUUCUUUGCCCCGCCCAUCCCGGCACAGAAAAGGGCGUGGCUGGAGGACAUGACACGGUCGCCUCGUAACCUCCAGCACCUCGCUCGCUGCGUGAUCCGCUCGGCGCUCGGACAGUUCGGCCUGCGAAGAGUCUCAGAACUCCCCAUCCCUUCCACACUGAAGGACUAUUUGUUACUUCUGACAUAACAGUUUGACGUGGUGGAGGCCUAGAAACGAAUAUGAAAGAACUGUUGCAUAGUACAUUAUUUUCUUUCUUUCCAAGUGUUACACUGGAUCAGUCAGUGAUCUUCAAAUUUGCAAUAAAAAUGAUACACCUACCUACCCCUUUAUUGUGCUUAAAAAUCUACAUUGUAUCAGUGAUUGAGUUACCAAACUGUUACCAAUGGUAAUAUAUUUUGAAAUCUGUGAAGAGAAGGGUAUCCCUGUCUGCAAAAAAAUGUGGAAAUUUAUGAACCAAAGUGUUGAAGGUAAGGCUAAUGCUUGGGUGAAGUAGGUGAGCUAUGGGUCUCUUGGUCUAGUGCAAUUAUAUUUAUUUACUUAUGUAUAUGUUCUCUCUAACUGACAAAUAUAACUAGUGUUUAUCUCUUUCCCCAAAACAGUUACAGGUAUGACAGACUUCAAGCACUUUCAGCCCAAGUGUCAAAUGACAUACAUGUAGAUGCUGUGGUGUAGUACACAUCCAUUAAUCAGUCCCUAGUUGUUUGUUAUAAGUGGCAAGUUGAUAAACUGUAGGCCACAGAUUAAUGUAGUAGUCAGAAGUAGGUGUUAGCUUCCAGUACAAAGCAGUUACAGUCCUUUUUCUUCUUUCUACAUCUUCUUCCAGAGGAUUCAUCUUCAUGAUGCAAUAUACAAAGUUAGUUACUUCACAUACGGAAAAUAUUGGUGAUGUGCAUUCUUGUUAUACCCCUAUCCUUAGCAGGGUGUUGCUGUAUAUUGUAUAUUUGUACAAAGCUUGCUGUAAUAUUGCUUCCGCUGUUCAUUUAUGAUAAUAGUUAGUAAUGUGCUUGGAUCCAAGUCAAACAGUACCCUUGUAUAGAAUAUUAGUUAUUAUACUGUACCAGGUACCAGGUACCAGGUGUGUGGACAUAGCUUCAUAUACUGUGUCAAUGAUGAGACUUAAAAAUAUGCUAUCAACAGGAUUGCAGUAUGUACCUUUGUUGUAAGGUUUUUUUUAAAGUAGGGGAUUGGUCAAAUAUAUACUAGUUUUGUACUCGUCAUAUUUACCAUCUCACAAGUACUACAAGUGAUUGUUCUACCCAUUCAUCAUGCCAAAAGAUCCUGCCUAACCCUUUCUGAAUGCAAUUUCUAGUACUUACCAUGUAGUUGAUAUGAUUAAACCAACCCUUGAAAUUGUAUGCCAUUUAAAAUCAAAUUUUGUUCAUUGCUGUAAAUUGAUAGGCCCCAUGAGCUUAAGGAAUCCAACACAGCUCAUGAGAUGAUUCAAAAACGAAUUUUUGUGUACUUUGUUGUCUUUUAAGACUUUUAUGUAUUACACAAUAUCUAAGUUAUAAAACAUCAGAGACAAUAACACAACAGUGCCGCAGUGAACAAACCCCGCAGUGAGAUACUAAAUGACACAGUACCAUUUCAUUCUAGAAUCUAGACCUUUACUACCAAUGUGCUCGUAUUUCUACAUUUCUUGUACAUGUACUACAGGAGAGACUGUAUGAACUGCUACAGAAUUGUUACAUCUUUUAUUUGAUGUGACCAGUGAAAAGUGACUUGAGCCAAUCUUGUAUUUGAAAAUACAUUCCAGUAGUGUUAAACUUGGUAGUGUGUGACGCUGUACAAAUAAAUAUAAGGU